GAGGUGAAAUGGCGCAGAAAGGAGUUCAGCUGGACCGGGAGACCUUCUCUUGUUCGAUCUGUCUGGAUCUACUGAAGGAUCCGGUGACGAUUCCCUGUGGACACAGCUACUGCAUGAACUGUAUUAAAAGCUUCUGGGAUGAAGAGGAUGAGAAGAAAUUCCACAGCUGUCCUCAGUGUAGGCAGACCUUCACACUGAGGCCUGUCCUGGUGAAAAGCACCAUGUUAGCAGUUUUAGUGGAGGAGCUGAAGAAGACUGGACUCCAAGCUGCUCCUGCUGAUCACUGCUAUGCUGGACCUGAAGAUGUGGCCUGUGAUUUCUGCACUGGGAGAAAACUGAAAGCUGUCAAGUCCUGUCUGGUUUGUCUGGUCUCUUACUGUGAGAAACAUCUCCAGCCUCAUUUUGAUUCACCUUCAUUUGAAAAACACAAGCUGGUGGAGCCCUCCAAGAAGCUCCAGGAGAACAUCUGCUCUCGUCAUGAUGAGGUGAUGAAGAUGUUCUGCCGCACUGAUCAGCAGUGUAUCUGUUAUCUCUGCUCUGUGGAUGAACAUAAAGGCCACGACACAGUCUCAGCUGCAGCAGAAAGGACUGAGAGGCAGAGAGAGCUCCAGCUGAGUCGACAACAAAUCCAGCAGAGAAUCCAGGACAGAGAGAAAGAUGUGAAGGUGCUUCUACAGGAGGUGGAGGCCAUCAAUGGCUCUGCUGAUAAAGCAGUGGAGGACAGUGAGAAGAUCUUCACUGAGCUGAUCCAUCUCAUGGAGAAAAGAAGCUCUGAUGUGAAGCAGCAGAUCAGAUCCCAGCAGGAAACUGAAGUGAGUCGAGUCAAAGAGCUUCAGGAGAAGUUGGAGCAGGAGAUCACUGAGCUGAAGAGGAAAGACGCUGAGCUGAAGCAGCUCUCACACACAGAGGAUCACACCCAGUUUCUACACAACUACCCCUCACAGUCACGACUCAGUGAAUCUACAGACUCAUCCAGCAUCAAUAUCCGUCCUCUGAGCUACUUUGAGGAUGUGACAGCAGCUGUGUCACAGCUCAGAGAUAAACUACAGGACAUUCUGAGAGACACAUGGACAAACAUCUCACUGACAGUGACUGAAGUGGAUGUUUCACUGUCACAACCAGAGCCCAGGACCAGAGCUGACUUCUUAAAAUAUUCACAGGAAAUCACACUGGAUCCAAACACAGCACACACAAAUCUGUUAUUAUCUGAGGGAAACAGAAAAGCAGUAUUUAUAAGUCAACAUCAGUCUUAUUCUCAACACCGAGACAGAUUCAACUUAAACUCUCAGGUUCUGAGUAGAGAAAGUCUGACUGGACGUUGUUACUGGGAGGUGGAAUGGAGAGGCGUAAGAGCUUAUAUAGCAGUCGCAUACAAGAAUAUCAGCAGGAAAGGGAGCUCGGAUGAAUGUGGAUUUGGACAAAAUGACAAAUCUUGGGAGUUAAGUUGUUACAGAAACAGUUAUACAUUUUGCUACAACAAAAUCUACUCUUCAGUCUCAGGUCCUCAGUCUUUUAGAGUAGGAGUUUACCUGGAUCACAGUGCAGGUGUUCUGUCCUUCUACAGCGUCUCUAAAACCAUGACUCUCCUCCACAGAGUCCAGACCACAUUCACUCAGCCUCUCUAUGCUGGACUUGGGCUCAACUUGUUUGAUGGAGACACUGCAAAGUUCUGUAAUCCCAAUUAGACAGAGACUGUGUCUGAAAUCACUCACUACUCCCUAUAUAGUCCACUAUAUAGUGAUUUUGCCAUUUUGUAGUGCAGUCUGAAUGUAUAGUGAGAAUUAUUAAACCCUAUAUAGUGGACUCAUAGUAUCCCAUAAUGCAUCGUGCAAAGUAGAGUAAAACUGAUGGUUACUAACCAAACAAUAUAUACCAUCAUGCAUGGCGCUCGUGUUGAAAGAAAGAAAAAUGGUGCAGAGAAAAUUAACUGAGUAGUGUCUGAAAGUGUUUAUUCAUUUUAACGAUGAGCUCACUGUAUAGUCCUCUACAUAGAACUCCCUGGAUACUGAGUAGGAAGGAGUCAAUGAGUUAGUGAUUAUGGACACAACCAAAGUUCAUUUAAGGUUCCAUUGGUCAGUGAUUCUUUAAACAAGAUAUUAAACAAUAAUAUAGCACCAAAAAACUAUUUUGUACAGAUACUGGGGUAAUGGUGUCCUCAGCAGAGAACUAAGUCAUAUCCCCUCUGCAUGUGUUGUAAUCGGAGUUUCUCUUUGCUUUGGAGUCCCUCCUCCCCACAUCUAUAAACAAACAUGGACUGAUGGAAGAAGUCAAAGAAGAUGUCAUCUUUAGUAUCAAAUCUCACAUUCCCCUGUUUACAACCUUAAAACUCAUUUGAAUAUUUGUAAACUGGAAACUCUUCUCUUCAAUCUUUUCCAUGUGACCUGAAUGCAGCAUCAGUGUUACAGGGUGUGAUUGCUGUGAACAAACUGAUACAGUGUGAUAUUGCAUACAUUUUAAUCCCUCUUUACUGAUGUUGUUUUAGGCUAAGUUUUUACUCAUCUUCCUGCAGUUAACAUCACAGCAGGUGAACUGAAAUCUGAAAACUUCAUGUACAACACAAGAGGGCGCUUUCAUCCUGCAGACCAGGGAUUAGUGGAUGUGUGUGUGUGUGUGUGUGUGUGUGUGUGCGUGUGCGCGCGUGUGUGUGCAUGUGUAUGUGAUAAGGUUGGUUUCUUAUUGAUGCUUUUAUGUGAAGAAUUGUCUUGACACUGAUCAAUAAAACUUAAUGAAUACUGAA